CGUUCAAAAACAGAUUCUGUUCUGUUUAUAGCCGUUGAUUUUAAAUCUAAAAAGGGAAUGGAACCGGAAGAGAUUUCUUUUAUUUAAAAUGACUUUUCUUUAAAUGAUUAUUUCGGUCCAAACAGAUGUGAGAAAAGAGCUAUGUAGAAACAAAUACAAUAACUGAUCAUUAUAUCAGUCUAAAGAAAACAGAGUAGUACUCAAUCGCCUCAAGCCCUGUAUUAUAUCCUAUUUGUUAAAGGCAUGUAAUGUUUUCUACUUUGAAUGAAGCAUCAGUGGGUUUAUGACAGUCUUCACCAGCAGGCGUCGCCCUUGAGCUUCGAAGCAGUGAAUCGCUUCGGGAAUCAUUUGGUUCAGUUGAGUCGAGGCUUCGGAACGGUUCGUUUGUCUCGUCGCUAUUUCAGCCUGGAGUUGUUUCGUCUCUGUUUAAUAAACGGUGUGUUAUUAAUGUGGCGCGCGCUGCAGACGGUCCGCUGGUCGAAGCGGAAGCGGAACUGCGCCGCGCGUGUUUCCGGUCGGACGCAUUAGAGCGCCGGACAGCUGCAGAUCGCGUGCGCAGAGAGAAACUUCAGCGGCAGAGACUGGUGUUUUCUUGAAGACGAGCAGAGAUUGUGAGCAUGUCGUCUGUGGAGCUGGACCGAGGAGCUGCUUCUAUCAAAGAGCAGUUCCUCACCACUAAAGAGAAGUUCCACGAGUUUCUAGCGUCGGGUCGGUCGGGUCAGAGCAGAGAUGAAGGAGACUCGGAGGAACCUUCCGGAGAACCGGAGCAGAAGAGAGUCCGUCUGGACAGUGAUGAAGACCAGAGAGACAAGAAGAAGAAGAUGAGAGGACAGAACAAAUCCAGACCUCACAUGAAACCUCAGAGCUAUGAAGAAAGACGCCUGUGUCCCUCCAUUGUUCAGGAGCGUGACUCGGUGUGUGUCUUCGGGGAGAAGUGCCGCUUCCUCCACGACGUGAGCGAGUACAUGUCCAGCAAAGCGGCGGACCUGGGCGAUCAGUGCUACCUGUUCAACAGCUUCGGCCGCUGUCCGUACGGAGUCACCUGCAGGUUCUCCGGAGCUCACACGGGCCCCGAGCUCAAGAACCUGAGGAACGAGGACCUGUGCGGACGCUGGGCCGGACGGGACACGGUCAGAAACCUGCUGGACAAAGAGCUGCAGAGACGCCUGAGGAAGAAGCAGCAGAGCUUCCCCGGAGCCGAGGCCUUCCUGAAGACCGUCAGCCGCGGGAAGGGAGCGGGCGCUCAGGAGGCUCCUGAGAAGACGCUGGGGCCGAUCACUGACGAGGACGUCAUCAGACUGAGACCGGCUGAAAAGAAACAGGUGGACUUCAGAGACAAGCUCUAUCUGGCUCCUCUCACGACGUGCGGGAACCUGCCGUUCCGGCGUGUGUGUAAGCGCUUCGGAGCGGACAUCACGUGUGGAGAGAUGGCUGUGGUCACGAAUCUGCUGCAGGGUCAGGCGUCUGAGUGGGCUCUGCUGAAGAGACACGCGUCUGAAGAUCUGUUCGGCGUCCAGCUGGAGGGCUGUUUUCCGGACACCAUGACCCGGUGUGCCGAGCUGCUCAAUCAGAACAUCGACGUGGACUUCGUGGAUAUAAACUCAGGCUGCCCCAUCGAUCUCAUCUACAAGAAGGGAGGAGGAUGUGGUCUCAUGACACGGAGCAGCAAGUUUGAGCAGAUCGUGAGAGGGAUGAAGUCGGUUCUAGAUGUUCCUCUGACGGUGAAGAUCCGCACCGGAGUCCAGCAGAACUGCAACGUCGCACACAAACUGAUCCCAGAGAUGAAGAAGUGGGGCGUCUCUCUCAUCACGCUGCACGGCCGCUCCCGCGAGCAGCGCUACACUAAGUCUGCUGACUGGGAAUACAUCGACAGCUGCUCCAAACUGGCCGCUCCCGUGCCUCUGUUCGGAAACGGAGAUAUCCUGUCGUAUGAAGACGCCAUGAAGGCCAGGGAGACCGGAGUGUCCGGGAUCAUGGUGGCCAGGGGGGCCCUGAUCAAGCCCUGGCUCUUCACAGAGAUCAAGGAGAACAGACACUGGGAUAUUUCCUCCGGAGAGCGUCUGGACGUCCUGAGAGACUUCACUAACUACGGCCUGGAGCACUGGGGCUCCGACACGCAGGGCGUCGAGAAAACACGCAACUUCCUGCUGGAGUGGCUCUCCUUCCUGUGCAGGUAUAUUCCCGUGGGUCUGUUAGAGCGGGUCCCUCAGAAGAUCAACGAGCGUCCUCCGUUCUACAUGGGCCGUGAUUACCUGGAGUCUCUGAUGGCCAGCCAGCACGUGGACGACUGGGUCCAGAUCAGUGAGAUGCUGUUGGGUCCCGUCCCUAAAAACUUCAGUUUCCUGCCCAAACACAAAGCUAACGCUUAUAAAUGACUGCUGGACGCAGAGGAAGUUUUGUUUUAUUUAGCUCUAGUUUGAAUAUUUCACCAUUUAUGGAGUAGGGAAGCUGUUUAUAUUCAGGUCGACAUUAAAGAUGUUCAGGACUGAGAGGUGUGUGUGUGUGUGUGAUUAACGCAGGGUGUUUUCUAAUUAAACCCGUGGUCUUUCCACGCAGUGCUGGAUUAGUUUCCUUCACAUGUUCACUGUUGAUGGGGUGAGAGAUAUAAAAAUAAAGUCAGAUACUCACUAAA